GGGCGGAGUCAGUCGAGUGAUCCGGGGUCGGACACAGGCCUCGAGGAGCAUCGCGCUUCAUUCGUUAUCAUGGCAGGCUUCUUGUACACCCUGCUCGGGAUAACGGUGGGCACCACCCUGAACUGCGUGCAGCGCGAGCAGAUCUCGCCAUGCACCUGCACCUACACCCUGAACAGCGGCGGUUCGCAGGAGCAGACCGCCGCCUCCAUCGCGUCCACGGCCCAGAAAAUCGACAUCGCUUGCGAGAAGAUGACUUCGUUCAACCAAGUGGUGGAUGCGCUCAGGGGAAACUUCAACAACUACACCAGGCUCAACCUUCGUAUUUCACACUCGUCGCUUGAUGACCUAGCGCACGUCAACGGCACCUACUUCAAGGACCUUGGAAUCUCAAUCCGCACUCUCAACAUGAGCUUGAACAAUAUCAGUGGGUUCCAUCCUGAUGCCUUCGAGUACAUGGACAGCGUGGCUUACCUGAACUUAGCCAACAACCUGCUGACUACAGUUCCAACCGACUCCUUGCUUCAUAUGCCUCGGCUCAAGACGCUUUCUCUAGGAGGAAACAAGAUCCAGGAACUCAGAGAAACCGAUUUCAAGGGGGUGAAUGAUCUAUACUCUGUGGUUGUAAGCGACAACGAGAUAUACAGGGUCGACCAAAAUGCGUUCCCCGCUAAUUUGCGUCGGCUUGCGAUUGCAAGAAAUAACUUAACGACCUUCAACGAUUCUUUGAAGAAUUUGCACAAAUUAGAGUGGGUGUUUGCAUCAUACAACGACAUCAGUGAUCUGGAAGGGGAGCUCCCUGUGCCAAGCAGGCUGUGGAAUUUAAAUCUAACUCACAACUUGCUGACCACCAUACCAGAUGAUUUUUACCAUCAGUCAUCCCUGGAGCAUCUUGAACUCCACCAUAAUAAAAUUUAUAAUCUUGGCGGAAACCUCAAGAAGUUCAGAAAGAUAGAUUAUCUAGACCUCAGCCACAAUAAACUUACUUCACUUGACGAUGACGAUUUCCUCGAGUGCGAAAAACUAGAGCAACUUUUCUUAGACAACAACAUGAUUAUUGAUAUAAAAAACGCUUUGCUUCCACUGAAGAGAAUAAUCAGGAUCCACCUGCAAUACAACAGUCUGACCAAAUUUAGCCUGUCGCAAGUGAAAGGGUUAAGUACACUCAGAGAGCUCGACUUGAAGAACAACCGCAUUGAGAGACUCAUUAGCAGCAGCGAGGAGAACUACACGUUGGGCCAUCUGAAAGAACUCAACCUGGCACACAACGAGAUAUUGACCCUGGACGGUUUUCUCCAUGGCCUAACUAACCUGAGCAAACUCAACCUGAGCCACAACCAACUAUGCCACCUGUCACUUAGCGAGCUGGUCGGCUUGGACAAGCUAGCACUGCUGGACAUAAGCCACAACCAGAUUUCCACGUUGAGCGCCACAUCUUUGAUCACACUGCCUCUUGUGGGAACCCUUCUGGCCGGCCACAAUCAACUGACCAUCUUAGACAAGGAACUGCAUAGCUUCCCUAACAUCUGCUACGCAGACUUCAGCCACAACAAAAUCGUGAAGCUGGGUGGUGAGCUUGCGUCGAGGAGCACUUGCCGCGGCAAGGACAACGUCGUUGUUUCGAUCGUUCGCAUUUUCUUGAAAGGAAAUGAGUUGCAGUGCUCCAAAGAACUUGCAAAUGCCAAAGAGAGCAACAAAGGUUUCCAGGCGGAAUUGAUCGGGUUGCCUGAGUGCGAAAUGUUCGAGAAUUCCCCUUCGUCCAGCUCACCAAUGUCUCCACCAACGGCCAGCAUCACCGAAAUCUUGGAGGUGAAGAAGCUGGACGAGGUUUCUGCAGACAGGACCAGAAAAAUGGAGGACGAGCCAGUCUACCAGUCGGACGACCCCGGACAGGAGCCCGUGAUGCAAAUAUUGAUAUCGAGCUCUCCUCCAACAGCGUAAAGGUGGGAUUGUGGGUCGUGGUGUGGCUUCCGCAAUAAGAUAGAGUGGAUGGGCAGUUUGUUAAGCGCCAAUGCAUCUCUGUUUCAGCGAUCAAAAUCAAAUCAUGCGUUGGCACUUCCUACUGUGGAAUGAAUGGUAAAUACUUCAAAAACUGCCGAGUAUUUUAAAUCUUUUUUUUUCAACUUUCCCAUAUAUUAUUGUUUCGAGUUAAAAACACAGUUGAUUUGCCACAAACAAAAACAAUUGGCUUUAGGUGGAGGCUUAAAUUAUUUUUAAACAAAAUUGUGAAUAUAUGGAUUUGACUGCUAGUUGUAAUUUAGUUCUACGAUGAAUUUUAUUUUGUAUUAAAAUCACAUAAAAGCGAUCUGGUAUGAAAUGAUUACCUCUUUCAAGUUUAGAUGUAAGUAUAAAUCCUUAUUUUAUAAUCUUAGAAUAAUCACCAAUAGGCAAAAUAGCAGACGCGCUUAGUUGCAAAGUACAUGUCGUGCAUUUUAAUUUAAAAAUGAUGAUAAAAACAAUUUUCACGAAAAUCAUGCUGAAGGCUAAAUAAAUCAUUGUAUUUAGAGAAUAAAUAAAAACUUUUAAAAUAAA